UCCAUCCCAGGUUUUGCGUCACACUCGCCACCAAACUCUCCUUCAGGACUCAGUUUUCAUUCAGUUCUGUACAGGAUUACCAGCGGCGCAGGACCUGUUUCUGUUACUUACUGUAAAGAGAAAAGUGGCCUACAUUUCAGCACUUAAACGAAAUAUUUCCCCUUGAGUGUGAGCCUGGACCUUUGGAAUGGCAGUGAAGGCAUCUGAUCUUGGGUCAGUAAGUAUCACUAUGGAGGACAGCCUGUGUAAUGGAGGAACACAGCCACAGGAAGCUCCACUGCUAACCCAUCUGAAAAAGGUAGAGAACCACAUCACAGAGGCACAGCGCUUCUCUCACCUGCCCAAACGCACUACUGUGGACCUGGAGUUCAGAGACCUGUCCUACACCAUCAGAGAAGGGCCGUGCUGGAAGAAACAAGGUUAUAAGGCCUUACUCAAGUGUCUGUCGGGGAAGUUUUGCAGUCGGGAACUCAUUGGCAUUAUGGGCCCCUCUGGGGCUGGAAAAUCCACUUUGAUGAACAUCCUGGCGGGAUACAGGGAAACAGGAAUGACUGGAGAGAUCCUGGUAAAUGGAAAGCUCCGAGACCUCAGAACCUUUCGUAAAAUGUCCUGUUACAUUAUGCAAGAGGACAAAUUGCUGCCCCACUUGACUGUUCAAGAAGCAAUGACGGUAUCAGCCAACCUGAAGCUCAAUGAGGACGCAGAGGUGAAAAAAGAGCUGAUAAAAGAAAUUCUGACAGCCCUGGGACUGCAUGAGUGUGUCCACACUCGAACUGUGUGUCUCUCUGGAGGCCAGUGUAAGCGGUUGGCUAUCGCCCUUGAGCUAGUAAACAACCCCCCAGUCAUGUUUUUUGAUGAGCCCACCAGUGGUUUGGAUAGCGCAUCUUGUUUCCAGGUAGUGUCAUUGAUGAAGUCUCUGGCACAAGGAGGGCGAACUAUCAUUUGCACUAUUCAUCAGCCCAGUGCCAAACUAUUUGAGAUGUUUGAUAAGCUGUAUAUUUUAAGCCAAGGCCAGUGCAUAUACAAAGGAAGUGUCCCAUACCUCAUCCCUUAUUUGAGAGGAUUGGGUCUUCACUGUCCCACAUACCACAAUCCUGCAGAUUUCAUCAUUGAAGUAGCGUCAGGAGAGUACGGGGACUUGAACCCAGUGUUGUUUGAGGCUGUUCAGGGUGGCAUGUGUGCAUUGGAGCAAAAGCGAAACUGUAUCGACAAAACCACCGUAACCCCAUGCACUGCAAAAUGUGUCAAAGAUUCAGGGCAUGUUGAGAGCCAUACUUUUGCAACAAGCUCUCUGACUCAGUUCUGCAUUCUCUUCAAGAGAACAUUUAUUACAAUAUGCAGAGACCAGGUUUUGACACAUCUGCGGCUAAUGUCACACAUCUCCAUUGGAGUGCUGAUAGGCCUGCUGUACCUCAAUAUUGGCAAUGACGCCAGCAAAGUCUUCAACAACACUGGUUUCCUCUUCUUCUCAAUGCUCUUUCUCAUGUUUGGAGCACUGAUGCCUACAGUUCUUACCUUUCCGCUAGAGAUGGCUGUGUUUCUGAGGGAACAUCUAAACUACUGGUAUAGCUUGAAGGCUUACUAUCUGGCUAAGACAAUGGCUGACAUUCCAUUCCAGGUCCUUUGUCCCAUCAUGUACUGCAGUAUUGUGUACUGGAUGACUGAACAGCCUCCAGAGGCAAGCCGCUACUUGCUGUUUUUGGCUUUGUCGAUCUGUACAGCUUUAGUAGCCCAGUCUCUUGGACUUCUAGUCGGUGCUGCCUCCACAUCCCUUCAGGUGGCCACUUUUGUUGGUCCGGUUACAGCCAUUCCGGUGCUACUAUUCUCAGGGUUCUUCGUCAACUUUGACACCAUUCCAGAAUACCUACAAUGGAGUUCCUACGUGUCCUAUGUCCGGUAUGGGUUUGAGGGGGUGAUUUUGUCCAUUUAUGGGAUGAACCGAACUGCGCUGGAAUGUCCAGGGAGGGUUUGCAAGUUCCAAAGACCUGAAGAAGUACUGCAGUUAUUAGAUGUAGAAGAUGCCAAGCUUUACAUGGACUUCAUCGUAUUGGGGAUUUUCUUCCUCAUUCUGCGACUCGCCACUUACUUGGUUCUUCGGUACAAAAUAAAGUCAGAACGAUAAUAUUCAAGUCAUGGCCUUGAAUGGUCUGCAGCUCUUGUGGCCUGUUUUCAGGCUACACGUAUACACUAUCAUUUCCAAAGGUGUCAUUAUCUGCUCAGGAAGAUCAGAUUUAUUUGCUGAUAAUUUUCGUGUUCUGGUUUUUAUAUUUCAUUUUGAAUAAAUUAAUUAAAUGUCAUUGUCUACAGAAUUGGCUUUAAAAGAAAUUGAGUGAAUAUUUUGUUUUUCAGUGUUAAACUGAUGCCGUACCAGGUGUUGGAAAAAAUUUGGUGUUAUGCAAGGCUGCUAUAUCCAAAUUCAAGAUGUCAUACCAAAUUUAAAUAUGCAAAUGAUAAUUUACUGAUCUUUCUCUAUUCAUUAUGGCAGUUCUCAUACUCGUUUAACUCUGGCUUUAAGCUUCCACUAACAUUGCUUGAUUUUUUUUUUUUUUACUCAGAGCUAAUUAGAAUGAAGUUUUUGCAUUUCCAGUUUCACAAAGCACAUCAUGAACAUGUUUAGCCUGAGAUGAGGAUGUUUACAUAUCAUUGCACAAGUCCGAAAAGGGUUUUAAUUCAAACCAGAAGACUGUGAAGGUUCACAUAGUGCCUGCGUUUCUAUUAAACCAUUGUAUCAGUCUUUUUGUAUAGUAGAUUUGAUCAGUUUUCUCUCUUUUAUGAUUAUUUAGUAUUUUGACUUGUAUUUAUCUGGUGCUAAAAUUUAUGUAUUAAAACAAAGUUAUAAUUUUUUUAGACCAACAAACUUUCAUACUAUGUAUAUCAGCAAUGUAUUGUGUAAACAUGUCAUACUGCCAAAUGUACCUAGUGUGUUUAGAAAUAAAAUUAUG